GUAUUUUUAUCGAUAUCGAUAUGUGUAAUGUUUUGUUUUGAAAACAUCAAAGCAAUGAAAUAAAUCACAUACGAUUAAUUUACUAAUUGUUUUCUUUAAUCUUUCUCUGCUAAAUUAAUUUUAUUUGCAUACUCCACCAACAAAGCCACCAUGACUUCAUUAUUAAACUUGGUCAACAUUGGACGUACUCUUGGUGGUAGAACUUCAUCUACUCUUACCUUCAUCAAAGGUCACCAAGCUGUUGGUGGUGUGUUAAGUAAUUUAUCUAAUUCUAAAAUUGAACAAGUUCGUGGAGCUCGUCAGUGGUGGCCUGACAGACAAUGGUAUGAAUCAUGGGAAACUCCUUUAGGUGUUGCUAUCGAUGAACCAGAACUUGAAUGGAGGCCUAAACGUAAUGACUACAUCAGGGAAAAGCCUCAUGAAAAAGUGAUCCAAAAUGCUAGAUUCAACUUUGGACCUCAGCACCCUGCUGCUCACGGUGUACUUCGACUUAUUUGUGAAAUUGAUGGUGAACAAAUCAUAAAAUUGGAUCCACAUAUUGGACUUCUCCAUAGAGGAACCGAAAAACUGAUGGAAUAUAAAACAUAUACUCAAGCCUUACCCUACAUGGAUCGUCUUGAUUAUGUUUCUAUGAUGGUCAAUGAGCAAUGCUAUUCUUUGGCUAUUGAAAAAUUAUUGAACAUGGAAAUUCCUAAAAGAGCUAAAUAUAUUCGAGUUUUGUAUGCUGAAAUUACUCGUUGUUUAAACCACAUGAUGAAUAUUGGAACUCAAGCUCUUGAUUUGGGUGCCAUUACACCAUUUUUCUGGCUUUUUGAAGAAAGAGAGAAAUUAUGUGAAUUCUAUGAACGAGUAUCUGGAGCUCGUAUGCACGCAGCUUAUGUUAGACCCGGUGGUGUCAAUCAAGAUAUCCCUUUAGGUUUAAUGGAUGACAUUUAUCAAUGGGCAACUCAAUUUCCUAAUCGUAUUGAUGAAAUUGACGAAUUGCUAACUGGCAGUGAAAUUUUUAAAGCUCGAACCGUUGAUAUUGGAGUGAUUUCAGCUGAAGAUGCUCUUAAUCAUGGAUUCAGCGGGGUAAUGCUUCGAGGUAGUGGUAUUAAAUGGGAUUUAAGAAAAACUCAACCAUAUGACGAUUACCAAGAUUUUGAGUUUGAUGUUCCAGUAGGAGUUAAAGGUGACUGUUAUGAUCGUUAUCUUUGUAGAAUGCUCGAAAUGAGACAAUCCGUUCGAAUAAUAGAGCAGUGUUUGAAUAAAAUGCCAAGUGGUCCUGUUAAAGCUGACGAUAAUAAAGUUGUUCCACCAUCACGAGCAGAUAUGAAAUCUUCUAUGGAAUCAUUGAUUCAUCAUUUCAAACUUUUCACAGAAGGUUAUCAAGUUCCAGCAGGAUCAACUUAUACCGCAGUUGAAGCUCCAAAAGGUGAAUUUGGACUUUAUCUUGUUUCCGAUGGAACCAGCCGACCUUAUCGUUGUAAAAUCAAAGCUCCUGGAUUUGCUCAUUUAGCAGCCAUAGAUAAACUUUGUGCAGGUGCAUUCCUUGCUGAUGUAGUGGCCGUCAUUGGUACUUUAGAUAUCGUUUUCGGUGAAAUAGAUCGUUAAAAAGAGCGUUUAUAAACUACAGUAAAUUUAUGGACUUUCAAUAUUUUUGGAGUUACUCCAUCCAUUGGAAUAGUUAAUAUAUUUUUCUUACUUCGAUCACUAUCUACAGUUAAUCGCCUUUGUAUCUUUUUUGAAAUAUUUUCAAAACAAACAAAACAAAAUUGAUAAUCAGAAAAAGUAAGAAACAGAAAGAGGAAUAUAUUAAUUAUUCCAAUAGCUGAAGUAACCCCAAAAAUAUCGAAAGUCCGUAAAUUUAAAGUAAUUAAAAUGCCAUGUAAUGUAAAUCUUUUUUCCCGUCACUUGUUCAGUGAGAUGAAAAUCUCAAAGGCUAAAGUGAAUUUUAUUGUUAAAUAAAAGUCCAAAAUUGUACAGUCUGGUCAAAACUAACAAUUUGUAGUCAUUUAUCAACUUUCUGAUAAACAAUUGAAUGCUAA